UCUAAUCUAUGGAAAUGGGGUGUAUUUAUCUUAAAAUGGAAUAGUGAUGAUAACCAUCACUUUCUUGUUUAGUGUCUGUGGAUACAUGUAUGUCAUUUUCACUGUUUCGUUUUAAUUUGGGUUAUAUUAAAAAAUAUUGUUCAGUGGUCUGCGUAGAAUGCCCAGUGUGUUAGUGGCAUGCAUUUGGCUCAGGUAUCUUUUUUUUUUUUCAGCUGAUAAACCAUCAGGGAAAGUCCAGAUAUCAGAAGGUAGAUUUGGGGCAUUUAAGCAUGAUUUAAUUGAGGAUGUGGAGAGUAGAUUGCUGUCUGAUGUGAAAUAUGCCAAAGCCCAUGGGAUAAACCUAAAGGACAUUGCCAAAGAUUUUGAAAACAGAGCGAAAGUGGCCAAAUUAUCCCCAAAACCAAGAUCAACAGCAUCAGAUGAGAGAGAAGACAAGGACUUGGCUUCACUACACAAGCGCCCUCUACCACCUAGUAAUAUGUAAACCAUAUAUACAGCUGAUCAUUUUGUGUUGAUCUGUAACAUACUAUUUAGAAAAGACCAGGAUAAAUGCAAUAAAGGUGUAAAUAGAGGAUGGAGUGCAGUUGUAAUACAGUCUUAAAAAUAUUGGGAUAUCCAAAGUCAUUUAGAUGGACAAGUGUAUGACUUCUGAAAGAAGAAUAUCUGAGUUUCUACAUUGUAACAUGUUGAGCUUUAAGUACCACAUCAUUUAGCUCCCCUAUGCCA